CACAGUGGAGACCUCUCGUCAAGUUUCUUUCUGACCCCCAGAGUAUCGGCGAUUUAACAGAUCCGCUUUUUUUUUUUUUUUUUUGAUCCUUUUGCUCCUUCACCUGGCCCCAUGUGUUUGUUUGUUUCUUUGUUUUAAAAUUAAUCUUCAAUGGCAGCCCUUUUUAUAAAUAUUUGACAUUUUCAGAACCAAAAACUGGGCAUCAUCACUACUGUGACGCAUGGACACAGCCAGGGUGCACACGUCUCACUGAGAAACUUUUUUAAAAAAAAAGUUAUUGUUUUUUUUUUUGUUUGUUUGUUUGGGUUUUUUUUUAACAUUUUAGUAUUUUUGAGGAUGCUCGUCUCUACUUGGAUUAGAUAUUGUGUUGUAGUGUUUCUCGUCGCUACGCUGAGGACUGGGACAUCCCAGGUAUCAGAGGCGCGCCCGAAGGCGAACUCCAUCAAGCCUGGUCAGCUGGAAGAAAUACCGACACCGGCUACCAACCGCUCCUCCACUGUCACUAAGAAACACAACAUCCAGGUGUACCCUUGCAGCAAUGACAGGGAGUGCAGCGUGGGCAGUUACUGCCACAGCCCUCAACAGGCUCCUUCUCGUUGCCUCACCUGCCGCAGGAGAAAGAAACGAUGCCAUCGAGAUGCUAUGUGCUGCCCCGGGAACCGCUGCAGCAACUUUAUUUGUGUGCCCAUCUCUGAGAGCGUGAUCUCAUCUCACAUCUCAGCAUUAGAUGAAAAUAUCAAGGUCUCCUCCAAAGACCAUGGCUGGAGGAAGAGUGGGAAGGGUCACGCCAAGCAUUCUCUAAAAGGGCACGAGGGUGACUCUUGCUUGCGUUCUUCCGAUUGCUCAGAUGGCUACUGCUGCGCCCGCCAUUUCUGGACCAAAAUCUGCAAACCGGUGCUGAGGCAGGGAGAAGUGUGCACCAAGCAGAAGAAGAAAGGCUCUCACGGAUUGGAACUCUUCCAGCGCUGUGACUGUGCCAAGGGCCUCUCCUGCAAGGUGUGGAAAGACGCCACCUCUUCGUCCAAGUCCAGACUCCACAUGUGCCAGAAGAUCUGAAGCAGAGGCAGCUGCUGUCUGCAUAGAGGCCUCCGUCUCCAUCUGCGAGGGAAACUCUUUUUUUUUUUUUUUAAAGAAUGGGUUGUGGCGGUACUGAAAAGGGGGAAAAAGACAGAGACUGACAAGAGACAGAACAGAUGCGGCUUCUAGCUUGCUAUUCUGCAAGCGUAGGGCAAAUAAGAAUGCUUUAAUGUGUUCGCUGUGAGUGAUCCAUCCCUGCACCCACAUAAUAAACACGAAUCCUCACACACAUAUGCGCACAUAUACACCUCAUGGCUUUGAGAGAUCAGUGAGCUUAUGGGUGUUCUUGUUUUUUUUUCACAAACUCAACAAACCUUUUACACAUGCUUAUGACAUUCAGGGAACCACAGAGUUAGUCAGCUGAAGCUGUGAUAGGUGUGGACUUUUUGUAGAUGGACGCAACAUUCAUAGCAGUCUUUCAUUAAGCACCAGCUUAUAAUAUUUAAAGCGGAAGGACUAUUUACACAAAAGCCAUAUUUUUACUGAAUAGUACAUGCUUUACCAACCUCUGAAGUCAGUUAGCUUUAAAGAAUCUCACUUGUAAUAUUCACAGGAUCAGAAUGUUGGCAAGUUAUUCUGUUUGUUCACCAAAUUUAGUACUUCUUUACAUUAGAAUUCAGCUUCUGCUUUGCAAAGCAAUUACAACCAGCCACAAUGCCCAAAGAACAAAUAUACACUCACUUAUGUGUGUGUGUGACUCUUACACCAAAGAAUGAAAGAACAUUUGCUCUGGAAUGAUGAGUUUCAUCUGGGGCGUUUGCUCGUCGCCCUAUAUUUAGCCACUAGAAGAGAGAUAAAGUAUUGUAUUCAUUGCGCAAGUUUUGUUUGAUGUAGGAUACAGCUGUAAUCUAUUGUGAUACAACUGUGUGGGUUAAAACUGUUUGCGCUGAGGUAGUCCUCCGCUGCAGACUUGGUGGUUUCGAUACUGGAAUGGUUCUGCUUUUCAAAUCAUACGAACGGGAUUCAGGGAUAUGUUGGAAUCGCAAUUUUCCCCCUCAGAAAGCCAGUAGAAAUGGACAUGUGAGAGGAUUGAUUAGAUUUACAAAAAUGCUCCAUAAACCUGAUGUUUUUGAAGAGAACUGCAGUUUGAACAAACGUUUUGCUGAUGGCACACAGCCCCCUUUAGUUUUCUGCUUUUAAAAUAUGACUGCAUACGUUCUUUUAAUGAAUUGAGUUUUAUGCUGCGAUGGAUGUGAAGCAAUGCUUUUUUUUCCUUCUACCAUCAGUGCUUUAAAUAACCACACAUACCUACAAAUCAAUAUAACAUUUGCCUCCUUUUGCUUUAACACAUUUUUUAGAGCAUCAAGUACAUAUAUUUUGUAACCAUUUAAAAUAUCAAUAAGCUCUAAUAUUGUAAAUAGACUGGAAGCAAAGCAAAUGUAUUUAAGAACUGAUGUAUAUCAUGUACAUAUAAUAACAAAUGAAUCCUUAAAGUUAUACCUGAGAAGAGCAAUGUCAGAAGAAACAAGCACAGUUGGAUAGACUGAAAAUGAUAAAAGCUGUGUGUAGAUAAGGGGUAAAGGCUUAGAUAGCUUGGAUUUAUAUCACAAACUGAAUGCAUUAAAAGGAUGGUUCUUAAAAUAGGGAACAAGAUCCAAAAUCCUUUGUGUAAAUGGUGUGUAAAUGGUUUCAAGAUUUGUAGCCAACUAAAUGUUGUU